CAUCCUCAGCCAGUCAGUUUUCGUGAGCCGACAGAACAAGUUCAGUUUUCAGACUCGUCCACUGGGAUAGCGGUCCGCGCGUGUUUGCCUGUCUCUUCCCUCCCAAGGUUCGCCACAGGAAGAAAAAGGAAAAAAAACGUACGUCCAGCACACACAAACCUCGCGACAAGUAUCCUCGCACACAGUCGGGUUAGUUUUUAGUCACACUUGAGUGGAUUUGAAAAGUGUUGGUUGUAUACGUACACGGGGAAGGAGGAAGAAAAAUUUUUUUGGUGUUGCAAGUGAGAACCAGAUAACGUUUGUGCAAAAAUGGCCUCAGGAGUGACCGUAUCGGAUGUGUGCAAAACGACGUACGAGGAAAUCAAAAAAGACAAAAAACAUCGCUAUGUCAUAUUCUACAUCCGAGACGAGAAACAGAUCGACGUGGAAGUGAUCGGAGACCGUAACGCCGAGUACGACCAAUUCCUCGAGGACAUCCAGAAGGGUGGACCGGGCGAGUGCCGAUAUGGACUGUUCGACUUUGAGUAUAUGCACCAGUGCCAAGGCACCUCGGAAAGUUCCAAGAAGCAGAAGCUGUUCCUCAUGUCCUGGUGUCCAGAUACCGCUAAGGUCAAGAAGAAGAUGUUGUACUCCAGCUCCUUCGAUGCGCUGAAGAAGUCACUUGUCGGCGUCCAGAAGUACAUUCAGGCUACCGAUCUCUCUGAAGCAUCACGAGAAGCUGUCGAAGAGAAGCUGCGCGCCACUGAUCGUCAAUAAGAUUAUCCUCACUUAAGAUUACGCACACUACAACAACAACUACAACUACAAUCCAACACGACAUACAGUUACACAAACACAUACAAACAAAAUAUACACUCAGCGUCAGAAUGCAGUAGCAAGAGAAAAUGGAUUACAUCAGAACAGCAAGCAAGCAACAAAACCAUUCAAACAAUACUAUGAGAAAUUAAAAUAAACGCUAAUUAAAGAUAAAUUGCAAUUAAAAGUAAACUGUAAUGGAUUACAAGCAAACGUCGCCUGUCACAAACCUUCUCGAUUGAUUUUUCUUUUUCCACCACCUUUGGUAAGGAAAAUCGAUCGCGAACAGUAGCAUCAACAACUCAGUCAGCUGGUUUGGGAUAGCGGCGCAACACAGAGGAAGAAGCUAAGGACGACAUAGUCCAGGGAUGUCUAGCAGGGAAAGUCAGAAAUAUCAGGAAGCGCGCCUAUCCUCCACAGGGGCCAAGAGAGGGAGCGUUUCUUAGUAAGGCAUUUAUUUAAGCGUGUGUUUAUUACCUCUCUGUGCCGCCCCUUCAAGAUCCGCUCCUUUCCCCCCUUAUUCAUUCAUUGUGUGUGCGAUCAUCGAAUCAGGAAGCAAAAGAAUUAAUAAAUACAGAAAAAUUCAAAAAACGAACAAUCGUAUUACAGUUAUGAUUAAUUUAAAUUAAAACAAUAAAAUACUAAUGAAGAUAACA